AUGAGCCACCAACCGCCGUACGGUCAACCGCCGCAGGGCGGCUACUACCCGCAAGGUGCGCCGCCGCCUGGUCAGCCGCCAUACGGCCAGCAGCAGUUUCCGCAGAAUCCGCAGCAGCCUCCGUACGGCCAGACGGCCCCUCCUCCGCAGGGAGGGCAGUAUCCAGGCCAGCCGCCGUACCAGCAACCGCCAUACGGACAGCCGCAGCAGGGCGGCUACUAUCCUCCCGGGCCGCAGUCGCAGUAUCAAGGACAGCAGUACGGCGCGCCGCCUCCUGGGAAUUACGCAGGCCAGCCGCCGUACCCUCCGCAGGGAGCGCCUCAGGGUGGGCAGUAUGGACAGCAGCCUCCGUACCCUCCGCAGGGACAUCAGCAGGCGUAUCCGCCGGCGGGCUACGCCGCACCGCCGCCGGGACAGCCUCCGCAGCAAUGGCAGCAGCCCGGCGCACCGCACCAGCAACCAUACGGCCACGUCCAGGCGCCGCCGACGCCCGCAUCGCCAGGCUACGACACGGCACAGAAGCAAUGGGCGCAGCCCGUUCACACGAGCGACGACAUCGAGUCGGUGCGCAAGGCGAUGAAGGGCAUGGGCUGCGACGAAAAGGCGCUCAUCAGGGUCUUCACCGACCUCAAGUACUCCAACCCCUGGGCAAUGGAGCAGCUCGUGCGCGACUACAACAGCAGGUUCAUGCGCGACCUGCUCAAGGACAUUGAGAGCGAGACGAGAGGCGACUUCGAGACGGGCCUCAUGGCCCUGGUGCGCGGCCCGCUGGCAAACGACGUCCACGCGCUCGACAAGGCGCUGAACCGCGCGGGCACCGACGAGGACACCCUCAUGGACGUGCUGCUCUGCCGGUCCAACGCGGACAUUCGCGCCAUUACGGCUGAGUACCGGCGCGUCAAGGGCCGCGAGCUCCUGACGGUCAUCAAGGACGACGUCGACGACAACCUCUACCGGCUGUACAGCAUGGCCCUUGCAGCGACGCGCGCCGAGGACGCCGCGCCCGUCAUCCCCGCGGAAAUCGACCACAAGGUGACGGAGCUGCAGCGCGCAACAGAGGGCAUGAUCGGCGCCAACGCAGCGGCCGUAGCGCAAGUCUUUACGAGCUCCAACGACGCGCAGAUCCACGCCAUGAGCGACGCCUACCAGCGCAAGUACCACCGCAGCCUGCAGGAGGUUAUCGAGAAGGAGUUCCGCGGCGACAUGGAGGACGCGCUGCUGCGGAUGCUGACGCACGCCAUGGACCGGGCGCGCUCCGACGCGACGAGGCUGCACCAGCCGCUCGUCAAGACGGUCAGGAAGGAUAGGCUGUUCAUCAACCGCCUGACGGCGCUGUACUGGGACCGGCCGAGGCUGGAGGCGGCGCGGGCGGCGUACAGGAAGCAGUAUGGGUCGUCGCCUGGGCGGACUAUCAAGGACGCGCUGAGUGGCGACCAUGAGAAGCUGAUGCUUGCCUUGGUGGGCGAGAAAUGA